AUGGUAGUCGUAACUACAGAAAUCAAUGGCGUAUAUCUGCGAGUCUUCAAGUGGAAUGAAAAGCUCCCGGAGGUGACGAAUGAAAAGGGCUUAUUUUUUGUUCGGAUUUAUGAAGAAACAUUAACGGUGAGUUCGAAUAAGACUGGAGAUGGAAUUAAUAAGAGUAAAGUAUCCGUAAUGUAUCCUGAGUUAAUUACAUUCGAGUUAUCCAGCCUAUGUUGUUCUUGUCGAAUUAAUCAAUUGUUGGAUGACUACGUUUUAUCCCCAAAGGUUGCCUUUCAAGAGAACAUUAAAUCACUAACCAAAAGUAUAGCUACAGCUGCACUUGCAUAUUUUCGCUUCAAAAACCAAACUUUGCUUGGGAAUGGUCCGAAGCCUGUUUUCGUGGUCGAAAUUUAUCGACACAAGACCAUCGAUCAUACCAAAGAAGGAAUAUUGGAAGAAGAUGAUUCUUUUUUCUAUGAAACAUUGGUAAAUUCAGCGUGCCAAAGAUCAAUUUCGGAAAUUGAAUCUGAUCAAGGACAAGACAGUGCUGAUGUGAAUAAUGCGGGUAUUUUACGAAUAUUGAGAUACCUUUUGGGGAUACCAAAAAGUGAAGUAUUGGAACGAAUCGAAAGUGAUGAACCAAAAGGUUUGUACGAAGUGAAGGCUUGUGUGGAUUUUCAAAAAUUUCGAGCUCGUGAUCCAGAAUUGGAUGCAUGUCCGAUUUGUAUCCAAGGGUUUUCUGAAGAGAUGGUAGUCAUAACUGAAGAAAUCAAUGGCGUCCAUCUGCGAAUGUUCAAGCGGAACGAAAAGCUACCAGAGACGACGAAUAAAAAGGGCUUAUUUCUGCUUAGGGUUUAUGAUGAAAUAAUUACGGUAACUUCGAAUGAGAACGGAGAUGGAACGAAUAUAAGUAUAGAGAAAUUUGGAAAUUUGGAAAAAUGUGAGGAUGAAACAUCAAGUGAGGAAAUUGAAUCUGCUGAUGGUGCUGAUUUUGAUCAAGAACAAAACACCCUUGAUGUUCUAAACCUAGUGAAUAGCAAUGAGAUUGCAGAUAUUGUAUAA